UCUUAUUUUUGCUACUGUAUUUCGGCGCGGCGAGGCCCAGAAAUGAGCGUAAAUUUCAGGUUCAAGGCGGGCUAGUUGAAAUUUAAAAUUAAAAAUUUAUUGGUGUAGUUUUGACUUAGCGAAGAUGCCAUCCAUAGACGGAAUUGUGGACUACCUCCUCCAGGGGCAGUUGGAGACGGCCAUGGGUGACAUCCACAGUAUCCUGACCGGGCAAGACGAGGUCAGCAGCAUCAAGGAGUUCAGUAUUCUGGUCCAGGAAGCGGCAAGGCAGGAGGAAAUCAACAGGUCCUCCAUCAAGGAUGUGCUCAAAGCUUACAUGUCGAUGAAGGAGAGCAUGGAGUCUGCGAUAGCUAAUGAUAGAUCCACAGACGCUCUAGGAGAAGAGAUCAACCAUCUAAAGACGCAGCAUCAGAAAGCUCUACAGACGUCUGAAGAUGCCAAGCAACAAUGCCAAGCAUUGAAAGAAGAAUGUGAUCAGAUGCAUGCCAGGCAGGAACAGUUGAGUCAGAAGCGAGAGGUGGUUAAAGAAGAUACGACGCAAGUUCUUCCUAAAACAAGAUAUAAUGUGAGCUUGUAUAGCUGCAUCACCGGCAUCAAGUGGGAUUAUGACUGCAAACCAGAUGAAAUCAAAGGAUAUGUGAGCACUUCAAAGGACGUGAGACCGUUCUCCCUAGAUCGCAAACAACACUCCAAAUUCUUCACCACAAAUUACCUGUGGGACCUGGUCGAAGCAGCGAUGGAAGCAAAAUGAUUACUUGAUGGGGGGAGAUUAUAGAGUGAAGUCCCCCAUUCUGGGAUAUGGAAGAAAAGAAAAACUUUACGGUAUUUGGGAAGAACAAAGACUUCACAGAAUUCAUGGUAAACACAAUAGACCAGCUCUGAGUUCUGUCAUGGGCAAGUUUUCUUAAAUGACCUUCCCUCUUUUCCACGUAGCAUUGGCAAAUUUCCAAGUAAGUUAUUAUGUAAGCCUGCCUGACAUAGCGGCAUUUAGAAAAUGAAUAGACCAGCCUGGGUUCGUAUAGACCGGGGUCCCAUUUCAUAAUACAUGUUAUAAUAACAAAUUCAUGAUUUCUGCAACAAAUUUUCUAACAGCCAAUCAGAAUGAAGGAUUUCAGUAGCUUUUAACUGUUAUUGCAAAUUUGUUGCUAUGUCAAGUUUUAUGAA